AUGGAGGGGAAGAGUUCGGGGUGCUGUGAGGCCCCGAAGAAGCGGGGUCUGUCCUUCUCCAUCGAGGAGAUUUUAAAGAGGCCCACGGAGCGCAGGGACGAGGCCAGGCCAGAAGGGGCCGGUGGAGAGGACGCCGGACCAGCAGCCAUGGGGCCGCAGGAGGCCCCGCAGGACCCGCCCCCGGAGGAGAGGAAGGGCAAGCGGAGGGUACGCACCACCUUCACGGCCGAGCAGCUGCAGGAGCUGGAGAAGAUCUUCCACUUCACCCACUACCCGGACGUGCACAUCCGCACCCAGCUGGCAGCCAGGAUCAACCUCCCCGAGGCCCGGGUGCAGAUCUGGUUCCAGAAUCAGCGGGCCAAGUGGCGGAAGCAGGAGAAGACCGGCAGCCUCGGGGCCUCGCAGCAGCUGAACGAGGCCGACCUGGCCCCUGCCACAGAGCUGACCGGCCCCUUGCUGCGGCCCCCUGGGCUGUCCAGGUCGGCUCUUCCCACGGAGUGUUACCCACCUGCCCAAGCUCAGCUGGCCUCCACCUGGCUCCCUGCCCAGAUCACCCACCUCCCGUGCCACCCGUGGGAGAUGGCGCCUCUUCCCGGCGCUCUCAUCCAGCAGGCCUGCGCCCCCAUGCUCUGCAUCUUUGCUCCUGCACACCCCAGAUGGGGCAGCAUCUGUGCCACUUCAACAUAA